AUGCCCUCCGCGCGGGUUCUUCUCGGAUUAUUCGACCCGGACUACCCGGACCCGCCCUACCCGCCCCCGCAGCCGCCACCGCCGCCGCCGCCGCCCUACCCUCCCUACCCGCCCCCGUACGCGGGUCCGCGCGUAGACAGAAACGAUUACUACAUCCAGUGCAGGCGCUACGCCGUUGCCAACAACGAGGCGUUCAGCUCGUGGCGAUGGCGGAACGGGCAGCACGACGACUGCCCGUGCAUCCCCGGCAACCACUGCAGCUACACCUGCCGGUUGCAGUGCGACACGCCCACGGGGGGAAGCAACAAGUGGGCGCGGUACCAGUACCUGACCGUCACGUGGAUAUCAAUCUACGCAGCGCUCCUGGCGUUUCUCUGCUUCUUCUGCAAGUACCGGUAUCGCCGCUGGCGCACUCGGGACGAGCGCGCGGUGCGCCGCGAGGUUCGCGCCGCCGAGCGCGCGGCGCUCAAGCUCGAAGCACUCGACAUCGAGCUCGCCUCCCUCCCGCUGCCGUCGUACAGUUGCGUCCAGCCCGACGGGAACUCGGUGGUGGUCGUCAAAGAAACUGAGUGCCAUCUGGAGAUGCGUCGACGAGAGCGGCUUCGGCAUGAGGCCAUGGCGGACGAGAGGGUGACGGUGAAGCACGUGAGCGACGCCGCGUGGGUGGAGCGGCGGCUCUCCACGGUCAUCGCCGUGUCGGACGAGGAUACCGAUGCGGACGGGGAUGGUUUUGAGGACGGGGGCGGCGGGGAGGGGGGCGGGGAGAUGAGGCGGCGCGACGGGGACGACGGGGAGCGCGACGAUGGACGGGGUCGGUCGACGCCGGCGAGGUGA